ACACGGACACCAACAAAGACCCUGGGUGCUGUUGUUUUGGUGGUAACUGCACCUGAGUGGGUAGUGGGAUCCACAGGGUGGCAGAAUGGGAGGCAGAUGCCCCAGGUUGGGCAGGCGUGAGCUGCCUUGUGCCUCAGCGAGGAGGUGAGUGAGGAUGCCUGUGAGCAGAACCCCUCCAUUCCCCACCACUCUAGUGUCCUGGGCAUCCGGUCCCGGGCGCCUCAGUGGACGUGGUCUGAAGCCCAGAUGGCCACAAGGCUCACAGCACAUCCCCAGCUGCCUGGGCUCCAGCUCUGACCGGUGACUCUGCUUGGGAACAGGGGCACCAGGGGCACAGCUGGAUGACACCCCUUGUCAUCCCCAGGGGCUGUACAGCAAGGUUGACUAUGACGAAUGCAAGGCCUACUUAGAGAGCCAGCCACUGAUGGGAGGCAUUGAGCUCCUGGCCCCCAACGUGCAAAUGGUCAUCAGGCAAUUCGAUGCCAUGGUUAGCUUGGUCAUCUCCUCCUGCCUCGGGACCCUGACCAUGACUGCCCAGGACAGGGCCCAAGUGGUGGAGUUCUGGAUCCGGGUGGCCAAGGAGUGUCUGGCCCUCAAGAACUUCGCUGCCCUCCGUGCCAUUCUCGUGGGCCUGCGGAGCCGUGCCAUACUUCGCCUGGGAAGCACCUGGAGACGUGUUUCCUGGUGGGUAGUCCUGUCCCUGGGACCAGGGCUCCUGAGUGGACAGGGACACCCCUACAUCUUGCAGUGUCCCUCAGUGGGCUGGGACUUCCUGGGAGGCGGCAGAGCCUAG